AUUCCGGGGUGGAGCCGGCGUCCGGAGGCCCCGUGACAACCGGGGCCGCUCGGGCACUCGGGACUGGCCCGCGGUUUGCAGCGGGAGGGAGCCGGAGCGUGCGGACCGUCCCUGGGUAUCGUGAAGGAGGUCGACCCCCUGCUCGCCCCCCGCCAUGACAGCGCCCUCGCGGCUCCUGAUCCGCGGGGGCCGUGUGGUCAACGACGACCUCUCGCAGGUGGCCGACGUGCUGGUGGAGGACGGCGUGGUGCGGGCGCUCGGCCGCGACCUGCUGCCGCCCGGGGCGGCGCCCGCCGGGCUGCGGGUCCUGGACGCGGCCGGCAAGCUCGUCCUGCCCGGCGGCAUCGACACGCACACUCACAUGCAGUUCCCCUUCAUGGGCACGAGGUCCGUGGACGACUUCUACCAGGGCACCAAGGCCGCCCUGGCGGGGGGCACCACCACGAUCAUCGAUUUCGCCAUUCCUCCGAAAGGCGGCUCCCUCGUCGAGGCCUUCGAGACCUGGCGCAGCUGGGCGGACCCCAAGGUGUGCUGCGACUACAGCCUUCACGUGGCGGUGACCUGGUGGAGUGACCAGGUCAAAGAAGAAAUGAAAGUGCUCACCGAAGAAAAGGGUGUGAACUCCUUCAAGAUGUUCAUGGCCUACAAAGAUGUGUACAUGGUGCGGGACGCAGAGCUGCACGCGGCCUUCUCCCGGUGCAAGGAGAUCGGAGCGAUCGCCCAGGUGCACGCGGAAAACGGAGACCUGAUCGCAGAGGGAGCAAAGAAGAUGUUGGCGUUGGGCAUAACAGGCCCCGAGGGACACGAGCUGUGCCGCCCAGAAGCAGUGGAGGCCGAGGCCACGAUGAGAGCCAUCACUAUCGCCAGCGCCGCCAACUGCCCUCUGUACGUCGUGCAUGUGAUGAGCAAGUCUGCGGCCAAGGUGAUAGCAGAUGCGAGGAGAGAUGGGGAGGUGGUCUACGGAGAGCCCAUCGCUGCGAGUCUGGGCACCGACGGCACGCACUACUGGAGCAGAGACUGGCGCCAUGCGGCCCACCACGUCAUGGGACCGCCCCUGAGACCGGACCCUUCGACGCCUGACUACCUCAUGAAUCUCUUGGCUAAUGGUGAUCUGACCACCACGGGGACGGACCACUGCACCUUCAACACCUGCCAGAAAGCCCUUGGGAAAGACGAUUUUACUAAGAUUCCUAAUGGGGUGAAUGGGGUCGAAGACCGGAUGUCAGUGAUAUGGGAAAAAGGCGUGCACAGUGGUAAAAUGGAUGAAAACCGAUUUGUGGCAGUUACCAGCACAAAUGCAGCUAAAAUCUUCAAUCUCUAUCCAAGAAAAGGAAGAAUAGCUGUAGGAUCAGAUGCUGACAUUGUGAUUUGGGACCCAAAAGCUACAAGGACUAUCUCAGCAAAGACUCACCAUCAGGCCGUCAACUUCAACAUCUUCGAGGGCAUGGUUUGCCACGGGGUGCCCCUGGCGACGAUUUCCAGAGGCAAAGUGGUGUACGAAGCUGGAGUCUUCAAUGUCACAGCGGGAGAUGGGAAGUACAUCCCUCGCAAGCCGUUUGCUGAGUAUGUUUACAAGAGGAUCAAGCAGCGGGACCAGACUUGCACACCUACCCCUGUGGAGCGUGACCCCUACGAGGGAGAAGUUAUUGUCCUACAAUAGAGAGAAACAGAAGAAUCCAUAGCUGGGACCGGGAAACAGACCUACCCCUGGCUGGAGUGCUGUUGGUGGAGGAAGAAAGUAUUCCUGCAUGGCAACAUAUAAAAUUAGCAUCUCUCUCUUCAUAAGCAUUUGAAGAGUCCAUGGUCCCAUGGUCAAGGUCAAAGGCUUCAAAGUGAUACACAACUCAAGGACUAUUGUUCAAAGGGAAGACUGAUAAAAUACUUCUUGACGCAGAACACUCAGAUGAGCCUCCAGAUUGCAGGAGGCCCUGGGCUAGAGGCGUGUUCUCGGGGAUGUUAGGACACAGUCGACAGCGCUGUGGGGAAUCAGACACGAGCCGGAAGCAGUAGACUGGUAGCACAGCCCACCUGUUGUUGAGGAACACUGCCCUGCCUAACACAGGGAGUACGAUUUCCUGGCCCAAUUUAUAAAUUGAUGAAGACUUUAUCUGGAAAAGCCAAUCUUCAUACUGUAAAGACAACUAUAUUCUAGAAUUUAGAGUGAAUGAAAAAAUGAAUCAUGUGGCUUUUGGGGGUAUAAUUGUUUUCAGGAAAAUUAUUUGAUGAUAUAUGAUGUACUUUAUUUCACACUUAAUUUUUGGAAUGAUAGUAUAGAUAUGGUCAUUUUUGAAUAAGUGUUUUUGCCCUUUGUCAGUUUUCUCUUUGUGUUUUUUGACAUUCAGAACUUUCUAUUUUGUGAACCUAUUACCAUCAUCCUUGCAAAUUUUCUUUUUCUUUUUUUUAAGUCAUUUUCUAGUCCUGCUGUGCCAGAUGUCUAUCUGACAGUGGCAUUGCUGUGAUUUAGGCAUCUCUCUAAUGUCAUGUUCACUGACUUCAUGAAAUCUACAUGCUUUCUGUUUCACAAUUUCACUCGACUCUAAAUUUCUGAAACCUGUGAUAUAUUUUCAGAUGUUUCAGAAGAAGGCAAUCUGCAAACUUUUACCCCAAAGUUGACCUGAGGGAUAGAUGUUUGGGUCAGUUAGGGACCCUGUUUGUCAGAGGACUAACACCCCCAGUUCGGCACUGCACGUUUUUACAUGACGACAACCUGUGUUUUCCUCCGUAAACCCCAGGACCAAAAAACACGGCUCCAUGCAUUCCGGGCUGUGCCUGCUUUCACGAUUAAGCGUUGUGGGUCUUUAUCAACGCUAUAGAGCCAAACAUUUCAGCUUUUAUUGUCAUUUCCUGAUGAUUGAAAUUAUUCUUGCCAUCCAAGAAGACUGUGUGAAAAAUUCAAAGGACGAUUAGCCAGAGGAAGAAACUCUAUUGAACGCUAUCACAUGCUUUUCGCAGCAUUUGGGGAGCCGGCCAUGUUUACUUUGAAGACGGCACCCCCUGAGGGCUGGGCUGGAGCCCUGCGUCUGUUUAUGAAAGGGGCUGUUACACUGGGUUCCUUUCAUUCUGUUCAAAAGUGGAGUCAGAGAAAAGGGCGAUGCUGUGGCCAUCACACCGUCUGCCAUGGAGAAGCCGGCCUCAUUCCAACUCCCCAAGGUCCCUUUGAAAGAAGAAUCGCUCGGGGCCUCUUUGGUUUCCUUUCAGACGCAGUCACUGUCGUUCUCACUGUGACUUUGCUGCUGUGUAAAAUUGAAGAUAUAAAUGAAUAUUAUUGUGAUGGAAAGUUGGUGUGAAAAUUCAUUGAUGAUAUACUUCAAAAUGUUAUCUUUGCUUGUACUAGAUUUUUUACUUUGAAUUUUUAAAAAUCCCUUUUUUUGUUCCAAGUUCUUUUAAGGGCGACAUUUGUUUAAUAUUAGCAAGCUAUGAUCUUACAUUCUAUUGUCACUAAUAAACACUUAGUUCUUCAUUAUAAUUAAUAAACAUUUAAACCUUCA